UCCAUCCCCCCCGCCGUCGCCAUGGGUCUGAGUAGGGCCCACCGGCCCGCGCAGAUAUGAGGCAUCUAUUAACAAGCUAAAAGUGACAGAACCAUGGCUCAGUUUCCAACACCUUUUGGGGGCAACCUGGAUAUCUGGGCUAUUACUGUGGAGGAGAGAGCUAAACAUGAUCAACAGUUCCAUAGUCUGAAACCAACAUCUGGAUUUAUCACUGGUGAUCAAGCUAGAAACUUUUUUUUUCAAUCUGGGUUACCUCAACCGAUAUUAGCACAGAUAUGGGCUCUAGCUGACAUGAACAAUGAUGGGAGGAUGGAUCAGUUGGAGUUUUCAAUAGCUAUGAAACUUAUCAAAUUAAAACUACAAGGUUAUCAACUCCCAUCUGCACUGCCUCCUGUCAUGAAGCAGCCACCUAUUGCUCUGCCUAGUGCACCAGGAUUUGGUAUUGGGGGCAUUGCCAGCAUGCCAUCUCUUACAACUGUUGCCCCAGUGCCAAUGGCAUCUAUUCCAGUAGUAGGAAUGUCUCCACCAUUAGUAUCUUCUGUUCCUGCAGCAGCAGUACCUCCCCUGGCUAAUGGAGCUCCUGCUGUUAUACAGCCUCUGCCUGCUUUUGCUCAUCCUGCCACAUUGCCAAAGAGUUCUUCCUUUAGUAGAUCUGGUCCAGGAUCACAGCUAAACGCAAAACUGCAAAAGGCACAAUCAUUUGAUGUGGCUAGUGUGCCUCCUGUGGCAGAGUGGGCUGUACCUCAGUCAUCAAGACUGAAGUACAGACAGCUGUUCAAUAGCCAUGAUAAAACAAUGAGUGGACACUUAACAGGUCCACAGGCAAGAACUAUUCUUAUGCAGUCAAGUUUACCCCAGGCUCAGCUGGCUACAAUAUGGAAUCUUUCCGAUAUCGAUCAAGAUGGAAAACUUACAGCCGAAGAGUUUAUUCUGGCUAUGCACUUAAUUGAUGUAGCUAUGUCUGGUCAGCCGCUGCCACCUGUACUGCCUCCAGAGUAUAUUCCACCUUCAUUUAGAAGAGUACGCUCUGGUAGUGGCAUAUCUGCUGUAAGUUCAGUAUCUGUAGACCAAAGGUUACCGGAAGAACCAGCAUUAGAAGAAGAACAGCAGCAACUGGAAAAGAAAUUACCAGUUACAUUUGAAGAUAAAAAACGGGAGAACUUUGAACGUGGCAAUCUAGAACUUGAAAAACGGAGGCAGGCUCUCCUGGAACAGCAACGCAAAGAACAAGAGCGUCUAGCACAGCUGGAACGGGCAGAGCAGGAAAGGAAAGAACGCGAGCGGCAGGAGCAAGAACGUAAGAGACAACUGGAACUAGAGAAACAGUUGGAAAAACAACGGGAAUUGGAACGGCAGAGAGAAGAGGAAAGAAGGAAAGAAAUAGAAAGAAGAGAGGCUGCAAAACGGGAACUUGAGAGGCAACGGCAACUUGAGUGGGAGCGUAAUCGUCGGCAGGAACUACUAAAUCAAAGAAACAAGGAACAAGAGGACAUAGUUGUUUUGAAGGCAAAGAAGAAGACCUUAGAAUUUGAGCUGGAAGCUCUAAAUGAUAAAAAAAAUCAGUUGGAGGGAAAGCUUCAGGAUAUCAGAUGUCGGCUGUCUACCCAAAGACAAGAAAUUGAAAGUACAAAUAAAUCUAGAGAACUGAGAAUUGCAGAAAUCACCCAUUUGCAACAGCAGCUACAGGAAUCUCAGCAGAUGCUUGGAAGGUUGAUUCCAGAAAAGCAAUUGCUUAAUGAUCAGCUAAAGCAAGUUCAACAGAACAGUUUGCACAGAGAUUCUCUUCUUACUAUCAAAAGAGCCUUAGAAGCAAAGGAACUAGCACGUCAACAGCUUCGAGACCAGCUAGAUGAAGUAGAAAAAGAAACCAGAUCUAAACUUCAGGAAAUUGAUAUUUUCAAUAAUCAACUGAAGGAACUAAGAGAAAUACAUAACAAACAGCAACUACAGAAGCAAAAGAACUUGGAAGCUGAGAGGCUGAAACAGAAGGAACAAGAAAGGAAGACAGUAGAACUGGAAAAGCAAAAAGAAGCUCAAAGGCGAAUCCAGGAACGGGAUAAACAGCGGCUUGAUCGAGUGCAACCAGAAGAAGAACUUCAGUGGCAAAAAAAAAUUCAGGAAGAUGAAAAGCAAAAAAGGGAAGAAAUAACCAAGAAGAAGGAAAGUGAGGAUAAGGGGAAACAAGAAAUGCAAGAGAAACUGAGUAAGCUUUUCCAACCACAUCAAGAGCCAGUCAAGCCAGCUGUCCAGGCUCCUUGGUCAAAUGCAGAAAAAGCUCCUCUAACCAUUUCUGCUCAGGAGGAUGUAAAAAUAGUGUAUUAUAGAGCACUGUAUCCUUUUGAAUCAAGAAGCCACGAUGAAAUCACUAUUCAGCCUGGCGACAUAGUCAUGGUUAAAAGGGAAUGGGUGGAUGAAAGCCAGACUGGAGAACCAGGGUGGCUUGGUGGAGAAUUGAAGGGGAAAACUGGAUGGUUCCCUGCAAACUAUGCAGAGAAAAUACCUGAAAAUGAAGUUCCAGCUUCUGUAAAGCCAGCAGUUGAGGCGGCUGCUGCACCUAAAGUUUCUGUGCAUGAAACCACUACAUCGCUAGGAACUCCUGCUUCUACAGAGUGUACUACAACUGCCAAUAACUGGGCAGACUUCAGUUCAACAUGGCCAACAAACACUAGUGAGAAACCGGAGACUGAUAACUGGGAUGCCUGGGCAGCUCAGCCGUCUUUGACUGUUCCCAGUGCAGGGCAGCUGCGGCAGCGAUCAGCCUUCACUCCUGCCACUGUUACAGGAUCAUCUCCCUCUCCUGUCUUGGGUCAGGGCGAAAAAGUGGAGGGGCUUCAAGCACAGGCUUUGUAUCCUUGGAGAGCGAAAAAAGACAACCACCUUAAUUUCAACAAAAAUGAUAUCAUCACAGUUUUGGAGCAGCAAGAUAUGUGGUGGUUUGGAGAGGUUCAAGGACAAAAGGGGUGGUUUCCUAAAUCGUAUGUGAAGCUUAUUUCAGGCCCCAUUAGGAAGUCAACAAGCAUGGAUUCUGGUUCCUCAGAAAGUCCUGCUAGUCUGAAAAGAGUAGCAUCACCAGCAACAAAAGCAACUAUGUCAGGUGAAGAGUAUAUUGCUAUGUAUACUUAUGAGAGUUCUGAACAAGGAGACCUAACUUUUCAACAAGGUGAUAUGAUUCUUGUGACAAAGAAAGAUGGCGACUGGUGGACAGGAACACUGGGUGAUAAAUCAGGAGUUUUCCCAUCUAAUUAUGUGAGACUCAAAGAUUCUGAGGCUCCUGGAGCAGCUGGAAAAACGGGAAGCUUAGGGAAGAAACCUGAAAUUGCCCAAGUUAUUGCCUCUUACACAGCAACGGGUCCAGAACAGCUUACUCUUGCUCCUGGUCAGUUGAUUCUUAUCAGAAAGAAGAAUCCAGGUGGCUGGUGGGAAGGAGAGCUCCAAGCACGAGGGAAAAAACGGCAGAUAGGAUGGUUCCCUGCUAAUUAUGUAAAACUUCUGAGCCCUGGUACCAGUAAAACUACACCAACCGACCUACCUAAAUCAACAGCAUUACCUUCAGUGUGCCAAGUAAUUGGCAUGUAUGACUACACUGCACAGAAUGAUGAUGAGCUAGCGUUCAAUAAAGGCCAGAUUAUAAACGUCCUUAACAAGGAAGACCCAGACUGGUGGAAAGGGGAGGUGAAUGGACAAGUGGGUCUCUUUCCAUCCAACUAUGUGAAGCUGACAACAGACAUGGACCCAAGCCAGCAAUGGUGUGCAGACUUGCAUCUUCUGGAUAUGUUGACGCCUACCGAAAGAAAAAGGCAGGGAUACAUCCACGAGCUCAUUGUCACGGAAGAGAACUAUGUAAACGAUCUGCAGUUGGUCACAGAGAUCUUUCAGAAACCACUAAUGGAAUCUGAGCUGCUAACAGAAAAAGAAGUUGCUAUGAUUUUUGUUAAUUGGAAGGAGCUGAUUAUGUGCAAUAUAAAACUACUGAAGGCUUUGCGUGUGCGUAAGAAGAUGUCUGGAGAGAAGAUGCCAGUGAAAAUGAUUGGUGACAUACUGACAGCUCAGCUGCCACACAUGCAGCCUUACAUUCGGUUCUGUAGCUGCCAGCUCAAUGGGGCAGCGCUCAUCCAGCAGAAGACAGAUGAAGUCCCUGAGUUCAAGGAGUUUGUUAAAAGGUUAGCAAUGGAUCCUCGCUGUAAAGGAAUGCCACUAUCAAGUUUUCUACUAAAGCCUAUGCAACGGGUAACAAGAUACCCACUAAUAAUUAAAAAUAUAAUAGAAAACACUCCUGAAAACCACCCUGACCACAGUCACUUGAAGCAUGCUCUUGAGAAAGCAGAAGAAUUAUGUUCUCAAGUAAAUGAAGGCGUGCGGGAGAAGGAAAAUUCAGAUAGGCUGGAGUGGAUCCAGGCUCACGUUCAGUGUGAAGGCCUGUCAGAGCAACUCGUAUUUAAUUCUGUUACAAACUGCUUGGGACCACGCAAGUUUCUGCACAGUGGGAAACUCUAUAAAGCCAAGAGUAACAAGGAACUGUAUGGCUUUCUGUUCAACGAUUUCCUCCUCCUGACUCAGAUCAUAAAACCUCUUGGCUCUUCUGGCACAGACAAGGUCUUCAGCCCCAAGUCUAAUCUGCAAUACAAAAUGUACAAAACUCCCAUUUUUCUAAAUGAGGUACUAGUAAAAUUACCCACUGACCCUUCUGGAGAUGAGCCCAUCUUCCAUAUCUCCCACAUUGAUAGAGUCUAUACACUCCGGGCUGAAAGCAUUAAUGAAAGGACUGCCUGGGUUCAGAAGAUCAAAGCUGCUUCAGAACUUUACAUAGAGACUGAAAAGAAGAAGAGAGAAAAGGCCUACUUAGUUCGCUCGCAAAGAGCAACAGGCAUUGGGAGGUUGAUGGUGAAUAUUGUUGAAGGCAUUGAACUAAAACCUUGCAGGUCCCACGGAAAGAGUAACCCGUACUGCGAGGUGACGAUGGGCUCUCAGUGCCACAUUACCAAGACGAUACAGGACACCCUCAACCCGAAGUGGAACUCCAACUGCCAGUUCUUUAUUAAAGACCUCGAGCAGGACGUGCUCUGCAUUACGGUGUUCGAGAGGGACCAGUUCUCCCCCGAUGACUUUUUGGGCAGAACAGAGAUCCGUGUGGCAGACAUUAAGAAGGAUCAGGGUUCAAAGGGACCAGUUACAAAGUGUCUCCUCCUGCAUGAAGUCCCAACAGGAGAGAUAGUCGUCCGACUAGACCUGCAGUUGUUCGAUGAGCCUUAGAAGGAAAGGGACCAAUGUUUUAUUUCAGCCUGAGUUCACCGCAAUAGGUGUCUGCAGAAGCUGUCACAAAAUCCUUACUGGUGUGGUAUGAAACUACUGCUUGCCCUUCACACAUAAGAGGGUUAUCAAAGCAAACAGGAGCAUCUUUGUGCCUUGAUAAUUCUCACUGAAAAAUGAAUCCCAAUUUAGUGAGGAGAUCUCCCUCGAUUUCUCUAUGUGGAACUUGACGUUAGUUUCCUGGGUUUAUGAAAUAACCUAGUUGUUCGUUGUGCUCCAGUCUGAAAGGCUGGCAAACCACAUAGGUUGCUGUGCUUGCUCCGGUUACCCUACUCUUUAAUUUACAUGAAGAAGGCAAUGUUUUGGAGGUAUGUUUUGGAGGCUUUCUGCAGGGUUUUCCCCCCUAAGGAGUUCUGUGCCUAUUGCUCAGCAAAGUGGUGUGUAAAUGUAAUGUGAAUGGAAGGAGCAGUUACACAGUAAGAAGAUCUUUGAAGAUCUUCAUGAUGGUACUGAAAAGACUUAGAAAAUAAAUAGUCUAUAUCUAUAAACAGAGAAGAUUCUAUUAACAUACCACUUCAUGACUCACGUUGCCCCUGAAAAUAAAUUAUGUACAGGCCUUCUGCACAGAGAUGAAUUGCACUCCAGAAGAGUCCACCCACUCGGUACCUUUGGAAGUUGCUGCUUCCUAUAGGACUGUAAAUGUUCGAACAGUAAGCGAAGGAUUAAACAUAGAGCCCUGCUGUAUGUUGUGCUGUACCACUUCGAUACUCCUUUACUACUGCUGCUUGAUUGUAUGACCGCAGAUGGAGGAUCUAUCACCUGCAGCAGGGAAGAAAAAAAACCC